GGUGUGGAGUGCAAUCAAUCAAUCAAUCAGCGACCAUGCCUCCACACCCCAGAAGAGCCCCAGCAUGGAACAGUUCCGAGCUGCAGGACCUCAUCAGUGUUUGGGGUGAGGAAGCUGUGCAAGCACAGCUGCGCUCCAGCCGGAGAAAUUAUUAUACCUAUGGGCAGAUAUCACAGUCCUUGCUGAUAAGGGGCCAUGAACGAGACGCGUUGCAGUGCAGGGUAAAAAUUAAGGAGCUGCGCAGUGCUUACUGCAAAGCCCAUGAGGGAAAUCGCCGCUCAGGAGCUGGCCCCACGACCUGCCGUUUUUACAAGGAGCUGGAUGCCAUACUUGGGUGUGACCCCACUGCCAAUCCGAGGAGCACGAUGGAGAGUUCAGAGGAGGGAGAAGUGGGGGAGGGCGUAGAGGAAGCCGAGAGUGAGGCUACUGGGGUGGAGGGAGACACCCCAGAGUCCCAGGAGGCAUGCAGCCAGGAGCUCUUCUCAAGCCAGGAGGAGGCUAGCCAGUCACAGCAGCUGGAAGUUGCUGGUGAGGAAGAAGCUGAGGAGCGUGCUCGGGUGACCUUGACUAAUGUAGCCGGAUCACCGGCCUCACGUCGGUUGCAGAACUUGAGGAAAAAAUCCGCAAAAAUCAAAAGAAGAAUUGAUCAAAGCAGUUAUGAAUCACUACAACAGAGAAAGUAGGAAGACACAGGAAUGGAGAGAGAAAAUGUAAGAGUGGAGGCAAACACAAAGCAGGAGAAAGGA